GUUUUUUUCCCUGCAGCUUUGGUUUUGUCUUCCCUUUGGACCGGCACACACACAAAAAAACAGCUUUGGCUGCAUUUUCAAUUAAACGACGUGACAAUAGGCUACAGACCGAUCGUUGCGCUGUUCUCUGCAGGUUGCGGGUUUGUUUCUCCAUCGCCAUUUUCAGACGGCUCGCUGUGAUAAUGGACACCGACUACUCAGAAAACCCUCUGUAUACCGAGCUGAAAUACUUCUGCAGGAAGAUACAGGAGGCCUACAAUGAACUUAAGGAGGACCUGACACCUUACCGGGAUGAUCGCUUUUACAGACAGGCCCCCAUGCGGCUCUACACCCUGUCCAAAAGACAUUUUGUCUUGGUCUUCGUGUUUUUCCUGAUCUGCUUUGGCCUUACAAUCUUCAUUGGGAUUGCAGGUCCCAAGGUUAUCUCUGAGCAAGAGCACAGUGGUGAUCAGUUACUUCUCAAAAACCUCUCAGUUAAGACUGGGCCCUUCAAUCUAGUUUCACCUCCCCUCACCACCUACAACCAGCAGCUAUGGCUGACCUGUGUGAUGCAGGCUCAACACGGCAAUAUGGGAGACUUCCAGCAGCCUUUUGACAUCAACGUUGAGCUAAAAGGAGUGAUGCAGGACGCCAGCGUGAUGCGCAUUAACAAUGCGCACCAGAAAUCCAGAACGCUUCACUGCGGGACUAAAUGUGAUGAGAUCAUCGUGCUGCAUCUUGGCUAUCUAAACUACACCCAGUACCAGGUCAUGGUCAGCUUCAACGGCCUCGAAAAUAUCACGUAUGAAAUCAAAGUCAAGUUUGUGUGGAAAACGUACAACCCCACCUUCUCUCAAGUGGAGAUCUGGUUCCGUUUUGUCUUUGUGGUGCUGACCUUUAUGGUGACGUGCUUGUUUGCACAUUCUCUAAGGAAGUUUUCUAUGAGGGAUUGGGGCAUUGAACAGAAGUGGAUGUCCAUCCUGCUCCCAAUGCUGUUACUCUACAAUGAUCCAUUUUUCCCGCUGUCAUUCCUGGUGAACAGCUGGUUUCCAGGGACGUUAGACACAUUCUUCCAGGCUCUGUUCCUGUGUGCGCUGCUGCUCUUCUGGCUCUGUGUGUAUCACGGCAUCAGGGUCCAGGGUGAAAGGAAAUGUCUGACGUUCUAUCUGCCAAAACUGAUCAUCGUGGGUCUUCUGUGGCUGUCAGCGGUCACGCUGGGCAUAUGGCAAACGGUUAAUGAACUUCAAGACCCUACAUAUCAGUACAAGGUGGAUAUAGAAAACUUCCAGGGCAUGAAGGUCUUUUUUCUGAUUGUAGUUGCCCUCUACAUCCUCUAUCUGAUUUUCUUAGUCGUCAGAGCUUGUUCGGAACUCAAAAACAUGCCGUACUCAGAUCUGCGGCUCAAGUUUCUGACAGCUCUGACGUUUGUGGUCCUUGUUAUCAGCAUGGCCAUUCUCUACCUGAGGUUUGGUGCCAAGGCUCUCCAAGACAAUUUUGUCGCUGAACUGUCCACUCAUUACCAAAACUCAGCUGAAUUUUUAUCAUUCUACGGUCUACUCAACUUUUACUUGUACACAUUGGCAUUUGUGUACUCCCCCUCCAAGAAUGCACUUUAUGACUCCCAGUUGAAGGAUAAUCCUGCGUUCUCCAUGCUAAAUGACUCCGAUGAUGAAGUAAUAUAUGGGAGUGAUUAUGAAGACAUGCCUUUACAAAAUGGACGCGCUAUCAAAGCUACCGCCAAGUACCAGGAUGAGAGUGACACUGACUGAUGGGGUCUCUGAUUGGCUUUUUGUUCCUUUUGUUGUGUCCAUUUGGGAAUCUAUGAGAAUAGAAUAUGACAACAUGUGAAUGUGUAAAUAAAUAGGUAAUAUGAAAUGAUAUGCUUUAUGUGUACAUAAUUAUAUUUUAAAAAAGUUCCAUGUCUACUGAAUGUACUGUAUUUUACUCAGUCGGAAGCGAGCGGCCACUCAACCUUUUUUCUUUAUUUUUUUGCUUUCCGUCUGAUUGAAAACAAAGGAAACACAUACAAUGAUACAAGUUUUUCACAUUUGCAACUUCAAAACCUGAUAGGAAUGUACAGUGUUAAUAUAAUUUAAUAAUAAUUUAUUUUGUGCAAAAUAGAUGUUUAUUAUAAUGUGUAUUGUUUUGCUUUCAACCACUAUUGUCACUACUGCACUGUGUUGUUUUUGCCACUAAAUUCUGUUCUCUGAGAAUUAUUUUGGGCCAAGCAGAGCUACAUGAUACUGAUUUAUAGGAAGUACAGGAAGCUUAUGCUGCAACAGCAAGUGCACAUUUUGAGGCCUGCAGCAACGGCAUGAGAGAUGAACGUUAAAGUGCCACUGUAAUGUUGGCUAUUGACAAAUUCUAAUUUCAUCAGACAUUGGUUGUUUUGUCAAAUACAGGACUAGUUCUCUCUCGAACUACUUCUUCCCUUGGAAAGCAACUUUGUAAUGGCUUGUUUAAAAAUGUCAUUUAUUUUGCUAAAUCGAAAUGACUUGAUACUGUAUUAUCUGACUACCUGGAAGAAUGGGUUUUGAUAAAUUGCUUGGAUUUUACACAACUGAAUGUAGAUAACUACUGACUCAUGUUAAUUAUUCCUUAUCUCCACACCAUUGGCCAAAAUUAUUUUGUGCUAUGAAGAUAUUAUUUAAGCAAUUCCCUUUUCUGCUGCAGCUUUCCCUAUAUUUUAUAAAACUGGUUAUGGACAAAAAAAAACACAAAUAUUUUAUGUGAAAAUGUAUUAUAAUCAAGAAGGUGCCUUGUCUUUGUUUCAUGUAAAUUUAUAAAUGCUUUGACAUAAAAUGUACAUUUUUUAUUCUUUCGAUGUUAUUGUAGUUUAUGGUGAUUAAAUGAGGUUGUAAUGGGUCCUAGUAUGUUGCAAAUUCAAAAUGUGUUUUGCUUCAUAAAAUAAGAGUUGUUAAUGUAGCACUCUGUCACGUCACAUGUAAAUAAAGCAAAGUGUAUUCAGCACA